AUGCUGUCUACGCAGGACCCUGCCGCAGAGGGGUCGGGCGAGGAGCUGCCCGACGAGAGUGCGAACGUUGCGGUGAUGCACAGAUUAAGCGAGCACGGCAUCGCGCAGCUGUCCCGCACAGCGACAGAUGACUUGAUGACGAUGGAUUCCGACGAUGCAAGUGGUGGCAGCGAGGAGAUUAACCUCACCCUGUGCCUGCUCAGCAUCGAUCGUUCAGAGAAGCUGCUUCAGUUGUCUGACGAGAACGAGGAGCGUGAGGCAGUCGGUGCCGGCCACUAUGCUGACCUCUUUGACGUCACUCUCACCGACGGCACCCUGAAGCGCAAGUGCCUGCUUCACCCGACCCUUAACAACCUGGUCUACGUCGGUCGGCUGAUGCCGGGCCGAGUAGUCAAGGAAUCAUCAUUCUCACCAAGCUCCUGCACCUUGACCUCCAUCGACAUCACGCCAUCGAACACCAUCGCCUUUGCCGAGCAAGCCGUAUCGCGGGAGCGGAGCGCCUCGCCACUGAUCGGCACGCGAGGCUACUACCUGCACGUCAACAACGACACCUGCCUGUACGGGCGCAACUGGGGUCGACUGGAGAACGAGCCAAAGGGAGUGCGAGACCUGGACCUGAACCAAGGGAAAGAGGACGAAGAAGAAGGUGAAAGAAAAGGAGAAGAAGGAGAAGGAGAAGAAGAAGAAGGUGCUCGUCGACGAGAUCAGCAGCGAUGGCACGGGCGGCUGUCCAUAUCGGACGAAGAGCUGGAGCUCCUGGUGGACUUGCCCAUGGACGAGUUCCUACGCGUGGGCAGCCAGGAGACAGAGGCCGAGGCGGAGGAAGACGAACACGGGCGGGGCAACCUGUACACCAUCGCCGAGGUGUUCAGCGAGCACGAGAGCAUGGGCGGCGGCCAGAGAUCCGGAGCUGGCCCUUUCAUCGCCCGAGUUGUACAGAAGUCGAAGGUGAUUCACUACGCCAAGGUUUCGGACAGCAACGCCAAGUACCCCAUGCGCUGCCAGCUCGUCGUUCGGGAUCGUACGGGCAGCGCUACAGUAGUGCUGUGGACCAACAUGUGCGCCUACUACUAUCCGCACUUGGAAAUAGGCGACCUGGUGCUGAUUGGCAAGUACAAGAUCAAGCCAGCCUACCCGCACCCCCACGGUCCUCCCUGGGAGCUCGCACUCAACGCUGGGACUGCCUUUCUAUUCAAGCUCAGCGGUAACUGGCCGCGCAUCCCGCGCAUCAGCUACGACCUUGUCAGGAGCUCGGAGCUGGACAAGGGAGUGGAAGAUGGCGGCGCCUUUGACUAUCUCGGCCGAGUGAUCUUUGCCGGACGACAGGAGCGAUCGCGCAAGGUCUUGGAGUGGGGCAGCGGCGGAGUCAGCCCUCGCGGCUGGUGCCUCUACCCUCCCUCAACUGCGUGGCUGCUGCUGCAGGACGUGUCAUCGUUGGACGCGGGCGGGCAACAGACCUCGGACUCGAACAUGCGCACCCGGGGCCUCCUGGUGAAGCUCUACACGAACUCCCAGGACUUUGCUCGGUUCGAGGACCUGCAGGAGGGUCACGUCGUCCUGCUCACGGAUCUCAAGCUGCUGGUGCUCACCAACGACAACGACGCCGAGGCUGCCGACGACAGCGAGCGACAGGGUCGGCCACCGCCGGUCAGUGCGCGCUCGAUCACCCUCUCUCGAUCUACCAACUUCACGCAGAUUUACAUCUUCGACCAAUCGCCAGUGGCCGCAGGGGACGAUGCCGUUGAGGCUCAGGCGCGCGAUGUCCAAGCCAGAUACCCGCUGUCAAUCUGGCACCGCUCGGUGCAGGAACAGGUGGCUAAGACGCUCCGAUGGAACGCCAUUGCCGACAGCUUCUACGCUAAGCUACUGGACACGACUCGCGCCAUCAACAAACAAUUCUCGCUGUUGCCCGUCUCCACGGUGUUCCUACGGCCAUGGCCGCUGCCGUUCUUCCAGCGAACUCAUCCCCACGUCACCGUGCACACGCUACGCGACGUGGCGACGGUGUCGGCUUCGCUGCACCAGCUCGAGCGAGCGUCGCUGCUCGUCCAGGGCCGCAUCGUCCGACUUCGCUCCUUCUAUCCUCGGCAACACGACACCGCCGACCACACAGCCCAGUUCGACGAGGGCGAAGGCGGUGGUUCGGCGAUCUCCCGCAAGCGCAAGCUCCCUGGCAAGGCGACCCUCGGACCCGAUCGAGAGAUCAAAAAAGCGCCGAAAGCCGGACCCAGCGGUGCGUCGUCCACGACCACGACCGUGACUACACAAGUUGCGGAGGUCGGCGACGGCGACGGCGGCAUGUCGGGCCUGCCGUGCUUCCCCACCACAUCGCUGCCAGCCAGCUUCGACGGCCUGCUGCCCACGGUGGCGCUCUCGAUCGACAUCGAGGGGCUCAACCGGAACGCCACCUGCGACAACGUGGUCCUUGUGGUGCCUCUCGACAUCGAGGCCUCCACUCGCGUGGCCCAGCGCAAGCGCACGGCCCGACGUCCGGGGGCCGGCCACCACCAAACCAAGCGGCCGCGGCUCGACGCAAGCGACGACGAUAAAGGAAAGGAGCAGCAGCAGCAGGAAGAAGACAGCGUGGUCGAUGACGAGGCAGACUCACCGACGUCGUGGAGCGACGACGAGAAGGAGGAGAUUGCCCUGAUGUCGCUGGUGCGCUACCUCGCCCUGCAGUCCCUCGUCACGCCCGACGAACACGCCGAGCUCCGCCAACGACUCGCGCAGGCCGCUACUCGUGGCAACGCCCAUGAGCGACAAGAAUCCACGCAAGCGGGGAAGGAAGAAGACGAAGACGCGGAGGGCAAAGCCGGUGAUGUGGGUGCGCAUGAGGAGAGCAGCGACAGAAGGGGCCACCACGCGGGGUGGCCGGGCGAAGAGGUGCGGCGAUGGCUGGCGCAGGCGGUCGGGCGCGACAAGCGAUUCGUCUUCCUGCUGGAGCUCUAUGCGCGGCCCGGCCAGCUCGUGGAGAAGGUGGCCACCGCGCUCUUCCCGCCGACGGCUCACCCUCCCGCUGCGGCGCAGACCAGGCCCUCGUGA